AGAGCUAGUCAUGUGUGAUAAAAAGGACUGUCCCAAAGCAUACCACCUCCUAUGCCUUAACCUGACUCAACCACCUUUUGGGUCAUGGAGUUUUUGCCUCCGUUUCAGCGCGUGGUACAGCCUGAAGAGAUGUGGCUUUAUAAAAACCCCUACGUAGAAGUGGAUCACGUACCCACAGUACCCAUGUUUUUCAUCGCAUUCCUGUCUCCCUUAUUGCUCAUUGUCCUGGCAAGGGUGUUCAUGAAUGCCGACCGAGAAGACACGCGGGAAGCCUGCCUAGCUGCCAGCCUUGCUCUCGCCCUGAACGGGGUUUUUACAAAUGCCCUGAAGCUCAUUGUGGGGAGACCACGGCCGGACUUCUUCUAUCGAUGCUUCCCAGACGGACGAGCAAACACGGAGCUGGUGUGCACAGGCGACCCUGGCAUAGUGACUGAGGGACGCAAAAGCUUCCCCAGCGGACACGCUUCGUUCGCCUUUGCUGGUCUCUCCUUCUCUGCCUUCUACAUAGCCGGGAAGCUGCGCUGCUUCACUCCUGGCCAGGGAGGCAGGGCUCUGCGGCUCUGCACCUUCCUCCUCCCACUGUUCCUCGCCACCCUCAUCGCCGUGUCCCGCACCUGCGACUACAAGCACCACUGGCAAGAUGUGUUGGUUGGCUCAGCGAUCGGCUUUGUGCUUGCGUACCUCUGCUACAGGCAGUAUUACCCUCCUCUGAUGGACUCCAUGUGCCACAAACCAUUUCUGUACAAAUCCAAACAACAGCUGGUGCACCAAGAAAAGCCUGCAGCUUCCAGCUUUCACCUAGAUAUAUAGCGAUGGGCUCUGUCCUGCCGGCACCUUUCCUGCUGCUCCUUGAGCGCUAGGACAGGAGAAGGCUUUGGGGAGGUUGGUCUGCAAGAAGUGGCUCAAAUGAGGAUGAACCUGAAACCCAGGCAGGCGUUCUUUGCAGUGCUGGUAAGUUGUCCUGCUCAGGGGUCUGUUGUUGCUUCAUUAACCAAAUUUUGUAGGCGUCCCUCCCUUUGGGCCUGCUGUGAAGCGAGCGAGGCACUCAGCGUGCAAGCCUGCGGGAGGACAGCCCAGGUACGAAAGGUCCUGAAGCAAGAACUGGAAAAAUGUGACAAUCUGGUGUGCCCCGUUCAGUGGUUGUUCUUGUGUCCGGUCCAGAAAGCGCCAUCAGCCAUCUCCUUUCAGUCCAGCCGAGCUGUCCCAUCUCUUCUCAUGAGAAGCGUACGUUGAAAUGAAGUGCAGGACCUGCUCCUGGCGCCCGGUUUAAGUCCGUCUUUUCAAUCGCAGCUGAGCUAAUUUGGAGUAAUGAGUGCGAGGUUGCAGUCCUUAACCAUGGAUUAAGUGGGGGAGAGGGAAGAUGAAACUAGCAUGAUCGUUAUUUGUAUUAUUGUGCUAGCCCUGAUUUUUUCUAAUUUGC